CUAAGUUUGGCAUGUUUGUUCAGUUAUUACUGUUGGCAUCGUGUCAUGUUCCACCUGUAUUCUCAGAGCUGAGCUUAUCUCUCUGUCCUGUUGUCUUUGCUCCAUACACUGAACUGUUGUACUUAGUAACGACAUAUAGAUUAGAUCAGACAUGGCGGUGUGGGCGGAGCGUUAACGUGAAGACUAUACAGUACUGUAGCUAAACCACUGCCUGUAGCUUGUUUCUGCUGUUAGCAGUGAUAUAGUUUAACAAGUGGAAAAAGGUCUUCUAGUAUGAUGUCUCACAGUGAUGGGCCCUUAAGGAGUGUAACGACUCACCACCUCAGCAAGGGCAUCGUGUUCUAUGCAAAUGAGAGUGCCGUGAAGCCUGCAUUGAGUGGCCAGGCCAAGCCGCUGCUACUGAUGCUGCCGUGGCUCGGCUCGAGGCCUCACGCUCAGGCCAAGUACUUCGAGUUCUACCUCAGGACAGGUUUCGAUGUGCUGGUAGUGGAGAGCGACGUGGGUAAGUUCCUGUGGCCUCCCUGGGGCCUGGAACUUGGUGCUGAAGUACUAAAGCUGCUGGAGAGCGAUCGCUUCUCAAAUCGCCCCCUGGUGGUCCAUGCCUUCUCCAUCGGAGGGUACACGUUUGCUCAGCUGCUCGUUCACGUGGCCAAAGACACUCAGCGCUAUCAGGACCUAAUCAACCGAGUCCAAGGGCAGAUCUAUGACAGUCUGGUUAUUGGCUCUCUCGAGCGAAUGGCUAUAGGUGUGAGUCAGAACUUGUUUCCUCGUUUUAAGUUUUUGGUAAAGCACACCAGCCUCCUUUACUUUCACAUGUUUAAACGACAGACGGUGGACUACUUCAACAAGAGUAUUGACGUGUUCUGGAACAAGCCUCUGACGUCUCCUGCGCUUUAUUUCUACUCUGGAAACGACGUCUUGUGUGAUCCAGAGGUCAUAGAGAAGUUACUGGAGGACUGGAGGAGGCAGGGGAUUUCUGUGACGAGUAAAAAAUGGGAGGAGUCUAUACAUGCCGGGCAUCUGCGCGCUCACCCUCAGGAGUACCUGUCAGUCCUAGUCCACUUCCUCUGUUCUAUUAACUUGGUCCCUCUAAAGGCCAAAAUGUGACUUUCUGAUAAUAGGGACAUCAUUUAUCAUGUGUAUUAACGCACAAUACAGUUUUCAUUUAAUUACGUUGUAGUUAGAGAGUUAAUAGAUUGAUAUUGAUUGUGAAGUCAAUCAUAUUACACAUUUGCUAAAAAACAGGUGGUUCAAUUUGAAGAGACAUUUUGCUGUCUGAGGCAUCAAUAAUGGUUAUUUCUUGUUGCUGUUACAGCUUGUUUCUUACUUUUUCAGUUGUGUUUUCUAAAAUAUUUAAACAGUACAGUAGAAACUUGGAUUGUGAGUAUGUUGGUCUGCUUUGAUAUACAAGCAUGCUCCUGAAACAAAUUUAACGAAUACUGUUAAACCUUGCAUUCUAAAGUUUAACAGUACAAAUAUUUAAAGGUGCAUUAAAGUGUAACAAUGAACUUAUACAACACUAAAACCUAUGCAGUAUUUUAUUAAUAAAUCAAUUGAGUUA